GUAUCCAAAUAUAGGACAAGAAAUUUAACAUGACUACCUAUGGAGUAAAAUGUGAUCAAAUCUUUAAUUAAAACUGCAAUGGAUUUUGAUGAUGAAAUGCAUGGCACAUUCACUGCGUAACAUAUAAUGUAGUGGUUUGUCUGCGUGUUUGAAACUUGUAAUACCAAAGACAUUAAAGCGGAAAACUCGAGAACUAUUUAGUUUUCAAUAGCUGGUUGUGUUGAUUGUGUCUGUAGUUUGUGAUGUGUGAUUACGGAAAGAUAUCCAAGCAACGGUAUCAUACUUCGCCAAAAAUCGUAAGAAGAUGCCACAAGGACGAAGGAAAGUUCCUUUUAGUGGAAAGGCAAAGAAGGCACAGCUUAAAGGCAAAAAACAGCAAAAGACACCACUUGUAGUUACUAGUGAAAGAAUUCCAUCUAAGAAAGUUACAGAUGGAUCAGAGUAUAGAGGUAGCAGUGACAUUAUAAAUCUGAAUCAGCAACCGGUGACACGACAUAGCAGAGCAAAUCCUAACCGGUAUGCCUUCCAAUUCCAUUGCGAGACUGAGGCAGAGAUAUGCGAACGGAAGGAAGAAGCUCGUAAAUCCAUUAUCCCUGUGCCAGCUUCUGGGUUGGAGGUAGUUAUUGAGGACUUCUUCCUGAAAGAACUUGAUUUUCCCAAACGACCGGCAUGGAACUUUGCCAUGAGUAUAGACGAGCUGGAAGCUGGGGAACAUAAGUACUUCAGGGAAUAUGUAUCAGAAUUAAAGAAGAAAUUCAGUUGGAAAGAGCUUAGUUAUUUUGAAUUAAACUUGGAGACAUGGAGACAGCUAUGGAGAGUUCUUGAAAUGUCAGAUAUUGUUCUCGUCAUUGUUGACAUACGUUUCUGUGCACUCAUGUUCCCUCCAUCGGUUUAUAACUAUGUGACGGAGAUACUGCACAAAGAUAUGAUCCUGGUUUUGAAUAAAAUUGACUUGGCACCAGCUCCAGUAGUUGUUGCUUGGAAGUAUUACUUUAAGGAGAAGUACCCUGCUCUUCACAUUUUGACCUUCACGUCAUUCACUGUGUACAAUCUGAGGGGCAACCAGGAGAACAAGGCUGGCCUGCAGAUACGCCGUAGACGAGGGAAGCUUCGGAUGGCAGCUGAGGGUGCAAAGAUGCUACUUGAAGCAUGCAAGAGUAUCGUCAAUAGUGAAGUUGAUCUGGGUUCAUGGCAAAAGAAAAUAUCAGAAGAAAUGGAACUGGGAUUUGAUGAUGAAUAUGUUGAAGUGGGUGAGACUAUUGAAAUGAAGAAAGUGGACACCAGCUAUGUUCAACAUGAGAAAUACAGAGAUGGAACCUUAACAAUAGGCUGCAUUGGCCAGCCAAAUGUGGGGAAGUCAUCACUUAUGAAUGCAAUUAUGGGAAAAAAGGUUGUGAGUGUUUCUAGGACACCAGGACACACAAAAUAUUUCCAGACCAUCUACCUAACUCCAAAUGUCAGGCUAUGUGAUUGUCCGGGCCUUGUGUUCCCUUCAAAAGUCCCAAAGACUGUUCAGGUACUAAUGGGAAGUUUCCCAAUUGCACAGCUGAGAGAACCCUUUUCUGCAGUCCAGUACUUGGCUGAAAGAAUAGACUUGCCCAAUCUGUUGAAGCUGCAACACCCAGACCAAGAUGAUGAAUGGUCUGCCAUGGAUAUCUGUGACGGCUGGGCUCUGAACCGUGGGUUCUACACAGCUCGAGCAGCUCGCCUUGACUCGUAUCGUGCUGCUAAUAGCCUCUUACGCAUGGCAUUAGAUGGCAAGAUCUGCUUGUGUCUCUAUCCUCCUGAAUAUUCUAAUAAGAAAGGGUUUUGGGAUAAGCAUAAAGAUGUUCAGCUUGUUCACUGGAUUCAAGGUAAGACAGGUGAACAACAAGCAGCAGCAGCAGCAGCAGAUGGAGAGACUGAAUUUACAUCAUCAGCAUCAGAGGAAGAAGAGGUAAAUUGGAAAGUACAGGAGGCAGGCGUAGGGAGGCCAAGGUCCUCAGAGGACCGUAGAGCCACGGAGGAAGGAAGGAACGAGGCAGGCGAUCAACUGAGUUAUGAAGAUGCUAAAUUAGAGACAGAUUCUGAACCUGAAGACGGUGAUUUAAAAGCAGUAUUUGGAGUUUGUAACAAGUUUUCAGUACUAGAUACUGGAGACUAAGCAUUGUGAAUGCUUCAAAACAUUUUAUUUAUUUGAAGAUUUCCGUCUUCUGGGUUGUUGCGCUGUGUAGUCUGGUCGAUGUCAUCAGG